AUGCGGGGACAGGGAAGCCGAUGCUGGGGGUGGGGGACGGGGGGGACCCCUGUGCGGAGCUGGCGGAGACCCGGCCGAGGGGGCUUUGGCACUUUUCAGGAGCCGGCAGGUGAGGGGGCAGGCGGAAGGGGCAGCCUGAGCGCCCUCUGCCGGCUGCGGGCUGCCGGCCCGACGCCCCUCUCCGCCCCAGCGAGGAUGCAGCGAGGGUCUGGGCCUAGGAGGGGCGCAUGCUCCGUGGUGCCGCCGUGUUCCCUUGCCCUCUGCUGUGCACCCCAGCACCUGGAGCCGCAGAGCCAGACCCUGCUGCGUGCCACGGGGCACCCAGAGCAUCCCUUCCAUGCCCUGGACAGCCCCGGACCAGACCGGGUCCUGGCCCAACUGCUCCUGCCCUAUGCUCCGAGCCGACUUGCACCCUCCCCCAUAGAGGUCCGCGUCCUGGGGGAACAGGCCCGGACCCCUGCCCGGGCCCCAGGCCUUAGGGGGCUGAGGUGUCUGUCCCUGGCCUGGGUGCCCCAGGUCUGAGCUGUGUGUGUGUGAGGGGCAUCCUCCCCGCACCUGCUGCUGCUGGAGCUGUACCUGGAAAGUGUGUGUUGCGGUGGCAGGGGGCUCCUGGACACCACUGUCUCCUUCCAGCACUGGCAGGGGGAGUGGGUGGCCCAAGCGGUUCUACACCAGGACCACUGGCUGCAGGAAUCAGAGCUGAGCCUCCUCCCCCAUGAGCCUGAGAAUCUUGCCAAGGACACCAGUGGAGGGGACUGCCCGGUCGAGUUGGAGCCUGGGGCCACUGAGCAUGCUGUCCUGGAGGCCAGAGGGCCAGCAAGGGCACUGAAGGGUGCAGGGACGGUGACCCUGGGCUCUGAGGAGGCACCAGCACAGGUAGGAAGGAGCCUUCUGCAGACAGGUCCUAUAGGGUCUCUUGGAAAGGCUGGGCCAGUCAGCUCAGGGCUCGUGGGGUCACUGGGACGGGGGCUGGUGAGCCUGGGGCCAGUGGGCUCUUCAGAGGAGGCAGGGCUGAUGAGCCCGGGGUCUGUGGGGUCUCCAGGCCCAGCGGGCCCCAUGGAGAUUGCCCCAGGGUCUCUGGAGCAUGUGGGGUGGGAGCCUGGGGCCUGCGGGGCCACCGCAGUGGGGGUGCUGGUGGGUAUGGCGCUGUCCCUGGAGCCAGGAACCAUGCCUUUCAUACAACUUGACCACGAGGACCUUCUUGCCGGCCUGGGACGUGUUGCUGUCUUCCCGGUGGGAGGGCCAGAUCUGAUGGGCUUUCGGCUCUGGGGAGCCCUGGCCCCAUGCCAGGGGGCGGAGUAGUUUCUGCAAAGUCCGCUAGGGGGCAGUGUCUGUCACGUGCUGAGCCUGAAGGCCCAGAGCAGGGCCAGGCUCCUGGGUGGGCCAGACCAGAGCAGCGCUUCCGGGCCGGGGGCUCAGUUCCAAUGUGUCUUUGGGACAGAGCGUCUGGCCAGGGCUGCCCUGGACACAGACCCUGAAGAGGUAGAGACAGAGGCCACCCUGCCCCUCCCUGGCCACUCCCACACCCUGUCCCCAGACAGUACAGGCAGUGACUGGGGGAGCAUGACACUAGAGGAGGUCCGAGGGCUGAUGGCCACCCUGGAGGACCCCGAUGGGGAGGGCUGGCCGCCUCCAGAGCUGGGGACAGAGAAGCCUGAGGGGGAGUCUGCACCCAGGGCCGGGAGGGGCCUUCGCGGCUGCCAGCGGAGGCGUGCUGGCCGCGAGCGGUCCCUGGAGCUUCGAGGCCGGGCGGCCCAGCCGGAGGACGCCGUGUCGCAGUGAGCCCUGGCCCUCUCCUUGCUGGAUCCCCUGUGUUGGAGGCAGAAGAUGGGCUCCCAGGUGGGGGGCACUGGUGGCCAGGCCUGGCUGGUGGCGCGUGUGGCCUUUGAGUAGGAUGUGGGUAAGCCGGAGGGAGCACUAGGGGCGUUAGAGGUAUGCCUCCGGGAGGAGAUGGUGGAGCGCGUGUGGCACCGGCUGCGGCAGUCUGCACGCUCUUUGGGCAGGGGAGCAGCGUGCCCCUCCCUGCCGCUUCAGGACGGCUACUGGCCCCCCAACGCUGACGGCCACAAGGUGGUAUGGGCACUCUUGCUGGCAGGUGACGACAGGCAGGGCCGUUGAGGCCUGCGGGUGCCCCCUCUGCGGGCCCGGCACUUGCUCCUGGGCUGCCUCCACCGGCCCGGGAUCUUGGUCACCUUUCACACCAGGCUCCCCCAGGGGACCCGGCUGGGCUCUUGGGCCACUCUCCAGCCACCUAACCCUAGGGCCCCCUCCUCGCUCGGCCCAGCAGUCCCUGGCGCCCGGCUCCCCGCGGCGCACAGCCCUGCUGGCCCCUCGGCUGCCUCCGCUGCCCCUGGGGGCGCCCCUGCCUCCGGCUGCUGUGCGUGGACAGGUGGGUGCCGGCACGGAGGGCCAGGGCUGUGUCCCCGCUUGGGGCCGACCCAGCCGCCAGGGGUCAGCAGAGCCCGGGAGGAGGGUGGGCCAGCUCGACACCGCCCACCCCGGCCCGACCUAGGCCGAACGCAACUCCGUUGUUUGAAUAAACGUGUUUGUGAAACCAGGCGGCGGGGCCUUCGGGAGCUCCCGGUCACCCCCGCCCCCCGCUUGGGGGGCGAGGGACCUCGGCGCGGCUGGAGGCGAGGGCCGAGGGGCAGCGUCCGUGGCUCCUUCGAGGCGGCCCUGGGCGACGGGCCAAGGCGCGACCCGGCGCGCACCCCUGCGACCCCACGUCGCCUUAGUGUCACGCACGCUCUCCAACAACGUCUCCUUGCCGACCGGCCCGCCCAGUACGCACGGGGAGGGCUGCGCCUGGCGGGAGGGGCGAGCGCUGCUCCGGCGCUGCCCUCCGAGCCGGACGCGCGUCCCAGCCUCGGUGAGGCCCCGGCCCCGAGCGCGCUCGGGCGCUGCCACCGCACGGGCGGCGCUCGGCAGGGACCGGGGCGGGGCUCCGGGCUCGCCCCGCCCGCACAGCCUCCGCGGCUCUCCUGGCCCAGCAGUCGGGCUGCGGCGGCCGAGCCUAGCCGAGCUGAGCCACCAGGCACGUAG